AGCGACCGGCUAGGAGAAAGUCUGCGCCUUCUACUUGAUCCCGAAGGCUGAAGGUGCUGAAAUCGAUAUAGAGCAAAGGAGGGUUACCUUCAGCCAUGCUACUAUUCCAAAUAACCAUUUUGUUUUUUGUCGCUGGAUUGACCUGUCUUCGCCAUCCGGUCGUUUAUGGAAAGGAAGAUUUGGAGACUUCGUUGGAAAAAGCUGACCCACCAAAGCACAGAGAGAAACGAUGGCUAUGGGGCGGGUGUGGUUUCAUUCCUGGAUGUGAAAAAUGCAGCGAUGGGCUUAUUUGCAACAAAUGCAGACCAAUUUUUACCCCUGUGGAGUACGAAAGGAACAAAAAGAAGAUCAUAAGGUGCAGCCGCUCCUGUCCUCCAGGCUACAAUGUCACAUCUACAAGGGAAUAUCCCAAGAUUUGUGUUAGAACACAAUUUGGUUGUUCUGCACGACAUUGUGAAGACUGUGAACCUCACAACCCAGUUAGCUGCGUGAACUGCACUCAGGGAUACUAUUCAGUGCAAAAAAGGGUUAUGGGAAACGUGAAAUGCGUGAAACAGUGUCCAGAUGGUUUCACCCCGAACCUGAACACUGAUGGGAAGAUGAUUUGCAAAGAUACACAGUCAAAAUGCCAAUCGUUUGUGCCUAAAUGUGCUACGUGCCUAGAUAGCGUACGCUGUCGAAAGUGCAGGAGUGAUCUGCAUGUCUUCUUCAACAAAACUGGCAUGGCUUGUAUUCAGAACUGUCCGAGGGGCUUCGUAUCCGCCGACUCCCACUAUUUCGGAAAGUACUGUAAAAGGCCACUUGUCGAGUGCCGAUCAAUUUCAAACUGUGAGAGAUGCCCUGACAAGAUCAAUUGCCGCAGAUGUAAGCCAAAGUUUUACAAGCUCAAAACAAAUCCGUUGUCCCAUGCAAAAUGUGUUUCGUCGUGCCCAGCAGGGUUUAAAAGGAAAGGAAGGAGAUGCCAACGUAUAAGGGAAGACGGAUGUUAUGGCGAGUAUUGUUUGACAUGCAAGGAUGGUUGGUAUCGCGUUAAUUACAAUAAAAGACAUUGUCAGCGCAAGUGUCCCAAAGGCUUUUACAUUCUUGGAGAAAAACAGAAAUUCUGUCUCCGAUGCCUGGCCCGAUGUGAAGAAUGUAUGAACGGUUUUGACUGCGGCAAGUGUGAUCCAGGAACUUUUAAACUUGUCCAGGGUCUGCACACGUCUUGCGUGACAAGCUGCCCCUUUGGCUAUGCGAGUCAUGGUAACGUCAAAACCGGAAGAGUAUGUACUUUUAAAAGGAUCACGUGAUCAAGCUGACGCUAUUGUGAUGACAUCAGUCCUAUAAAUAAACAUGAAAAAAGGAACAUGCGUGUCCAGUUAAAUCGCUGCUAAAAUAGGAGUUUGGUUUGCUGGUUAUUUACAACUAGUGUAGAGGAGAUGUACCUGAGUACAUGCAUGUGCACAGUCUGUUUUAAAAUUUUUUUAGAGCUCUUUCCAGUGAUAUUCGAGAGAUAAACAAUAGUAAAGUUACCUCGGGAUAUUUGAGUUGUAUGACUCUCCACACUCGCUUCUAAUUCGCUGAAUGUCCGGUCAGCCUAGAAUUCCCAUUUAGUCAGCUAAACCAUGUUAAGAGAGAAAAGAAUUACCAAAUGAAAAUUUAGCAAGUUUAUAGUUAGUGAUAAAGCAUUUAAGCUGUGGGACCAAGCUGACCUCCUACUCCACGACCCUCUCCCCUUCCACUUACCGGCCAUCAUAGGAGACGUAAACUAUUCUUCCUUAUAACCCAGACUUGCUAUUUCGAGAAAUUCUAAUUGACUCGUCCUUGUAAGGUAAGGAAACAGGUCUUUUAUAAAAUAAUUGAACGCGUUGAACAGACAUGCAAACAUUAAUUUGAGUAUCUUCGUAAACUUGAAGUAUCAAACCGAUAUCAUAAACAAUAACAACGAGGACCAAAACAACCAUGACAUAGAAAAGUCUAAUGAAGCUUGGUUCUUUAAAAACUGUAUAAUAUGAUAUGCCUCAGUCUUCCUUAAACGUUUAAUUCCUUGAAUGUCACUGGUGGUAAGGUUAGCUGUUUCUUCUGAAAAAGUAUCAUGAGGGGUCAAAAGUUUUGCCUUUUUUUCUAAUAACUUAUGUACAUGCAAUCAUUACUGCAUCACAAUACAGAAAACUUCGACGAUUGAGGGGAGAGUCCUUCUCAAACAAGCACAAUGUGUUGAGCAAGAAUAGCUCCUCUCAGGAUUUUGUAUGAUUAGGAUGCAGUAACGUAACUAUUAGUGGAUCAGUUGUAUACCGACAACAUAGUGACAGGUGGUAAUAAAAGCGAGGAGCUACUCAGGAGUUUAAACCUUCUUUAAUGCCUAAACACUCGGUGAUUAGGGGCGGAUUUUGGAAUUUUUGAUAGGGAAUCCAAAAUGACCUCUCGACCCACCAUAACCCACAUCUCUUCUCCUCUGUAGGAAAAGAAAUAAAAUCCGUCCCACUUAUAAUAAUAUACGAUCGUGUCGUGAAAAGAAUUUUGGUGUCAGACAAGUAAUAAAAUAAACACAUAUGUCUCAUAGGGGGAGGGAGGUGAGGGAGAGGUUCUAUCCCUGUGGAUCUGCCUCUGGUGAUGAAUAUGGGUUGAUUAUCUUUAUCAUCAUAACCUGUAUUGAUUGUCUUUUAUUACGCGCUGAUCUCCAUAGUUAGUUUAUCAAUGAGUCACUUUGAAAAGUGGAAAAUACAACGUUUUCUGAGA